AUGGAGCCUGAGUGGCAAUCAAUGAUAGAGGCUUCGUAUAUGGGAUGGACCACAAAGGGAGUCGAGAUGGCGGAAGUGCUGAGUUCGGUUCGAAUUGUCGGUUUGUAUCGCACUCAGGUGCUCUGGCCGAAGGAUUGCCCAGGAACCUUGCCAUUUAUCCGUUUCCGACCCGAUGUCUCCAAUAUUAAUCCCUCUGGAGGCACAAGCCGACAGAACCGUGAGAAGAUUUACGAGCCGUGGAAUAAUCGGGCCCUCAUCUGGAAUGGACCGAAAUUCAGCAUCCCGGAGGCGCUGCAGAUUAUUGGGGAGAUGCUCGAAAAUCGGGAGGGGUUGUUAGAUGGAAGGAUGCGGACCGUGACCGUAUUCAAGCGUUUUAGCCUGCGGUUCCCCGAAGAUAUGAAUGCGUUGCCUGGUCCGAAACCGAGCCCCAUGGAAAGAAAUUCAGUCGCCGCCCUCCACAUCAACGCCUUCUUCGAGAAAUAUAUCGCAAGCGAAUUUGAAUCGGAGAUCGACACGAAGUUCUUCCGCUUCCAGCAUCAUCAAACCAAAGACGUGUUGUUGAUGGUUCGCGAACAUGGACGUUAUCACCCAGCAACUGUCAUUUCUCCCGGCGGUUGGGGGAUGAAUCUUGUGACAAUGUCGCUUCUCUGCCUCCAAACCCACGACUCUCCGGAUAGCAUUCGA